AUGAAGAGCAGUGAUCGCUGGGCCUCGCAAUACGCCCAGGGCAUGGCCGAUUGGUCCUUCGGCCACGCAUGCUAUCACCGAACGAGCUCCAAGGAUGUUAAACCGGGCUCCGUUGGUUACUUCGACCGCAAUGGCAACUGGAAGAAGAUUCUCUCCCUUCAUGACGUGCAGAACUCUGGAGAACCUGCAGCUCAGGGAAUUUCCAAGAAAUUCACGCGACUGGCAGAGCCAUUAACGGUGCAUGAUGAUGUUGAGAUGGAGAUCGGGACUCUUACGUCUUCACAAACCAAGAUUGAGCUAACAUAUACAACGUAUGGCUGCAGCCCAAUCUUGGCCCAGACACCUAUCAAUGUGGGUACGGAUAAUGCCUACCGAAAUAGCAACACCCUUGGCGCCGUCCUAGUAAUGAAGAACCCCGUGGUGCGAUCGAGCAUUGAAGAUGGUGACUUUCUUGAUCGCUGGUUCAAAGAGAACCAGAGACUGUUUCCAGAGAUACGUUCGGCCGUGAGAGAACACGGUGUCUGGCUGGUCACGACCACUUACACCACCGAGGAAAUAGCCUUGAAUGUCUGGCAAGAUAAAGACAAGGUUGUUAAGCUAGGAUUCUCGGCCGGUAUAGAUGGUAUCGUGAACCUCGAGCCGAGCAUUGAACGUGGAGAGAAAAAGCACGCAGAUGGCUCGUUCACAUAUCGAGCAAAGUGGACCACCGGUAAAUUGGAACCAGGAGUCGCGUAUGUUCAAGACCCGCGGACCUACCACGUUCAGACGUGGACCGAGGCGGAACGAGUAGGAACUGAGGCUCAAGGCAAGCAUGUUGAAGCUCAAAAGUCUGGCAAGGGAACCGUCACAAAAGAUACCGAGGCGGUCCACGGCGUAAGCGACGAGAAAGACGCUGAGCUAAACAUGAAACAGACCGAUGAAGAUAGCACGUCAGAAUCCUCCGCUCGGCCAGAGGUCGAGACCGACGACGACGCUUUGCAGGAUAAGGAGGAUGAAGAGUACAGCCUUACUGAUGCGGUUCACGAUGGGAAUGCUGACAGAGUCCGUGACGCUCUUGGGCGAAAGUCAGAAGACAUCUCGCAAAAGGAAGACUACAACGGGUUGCUCAAGGACGCUUGUGCUGCAGGCUACGCUGACAUUGUCGAUCUACUCAUAAAGGCCGGUGCAGACACCAACGCACUCGGCGGUUGCGGUCUAUACACCCCGCUCAUUGCAGCGUCAAAGAGAGGCCACGCCCGAGUGGUUCAGGCACUCCUCGGAGCAGGAGCAGAUCCGGAUGUUUCCGACGGCCGCUCUAAUGCCCUGUUUGCUGCCUCGGAAGCCGGCCACGAUGAUAUUGUACUAUGGCUCCUGGCGGCGGGGGCUGAUGUUGACCAGCUUGCUUCGAGGACCAGUGCGCUGCAAGUUGCUGCGGAAGGCGGGCAUGACAAGUGCGUUCGGUGGUUGAUAGCUGCUGGUGCCGAUGUCGAUCAACAACACGGGGGCACAGCGCUGCAUCGAGCGACCAGGAAGGGCUAUCUGGGUAUCAUCCAGCAGCUCCUUGUCGCUGGAGCGGAUGUUGAUCUUCAAGAGGAACGCGGAGAGAAACGCGAAGAGGCCCCUCUUCACGCAGCAGCGGGCUCAGGGAGUGUUGAUGUCGUCGAGUGCCUGCUCAAUGCGGGCGCUGACGUGAACGCCUACGGGGGAACCAAAAAGACCCCAAUAGCAGUAGCUGCUGCAAGCGGGUGUGUGCCGGUCGUGAAGCUACUCCUCGACGAGCUGGAAGCCAGCGGUAGAAAGAGGUUCGGACCUGCUUUAGCAUAUGCCGUUCAACAUGGGCAUGUAGAAGUCGUGAGCAUGCUCCUCACAGCUGGAGCAUCACCCGGUGGUGAUCCAGAAGAGCCAUUGGACUAUCACAGCUUGAAACCUCCUCUAAUUAUCGCAGCCCAAGAAGGAAAUGAGGAUCUUGUCACCCGCCUCAUCAAAGCUGGCGCUAACGUCAAUCAGUUCUUUAGCCAGUACGGGAGAAGCGUCACGUCGCUGUAUGCGGCUUCUUUGAAGGGCCACCUGGCCAUCAUGCGGCAGCUCCUGGAUGCUGGUGCUGAUAUCGAUGGUAAAGCAGGCUACCUUGGGACCCCGUUACUCGCUGCCGUUAGUGAAGGGCAAGUCGAAGCCAUGACUCUCCUUCUUGAUGCGGGUGCGGAUCUACAGGCACGGAGCACAGUGAAUAAAUUCCCGGCAUUAGUGGUCGCCUUGGAUAAGGGGCAUCCUGAACUCGUAGAUCGUCUCAUCAACGCCGGUGCAAAUGUCAACGAUUCGACAGAGUACUACGGCAGCGCGCUACAGGCUGCGGCAUUCAAGGGGUAUCGGGAUGUUGCUGAGAAGCUGCUCGACGUUGGCGCGGAUCCGGCGAUGGAGGGUGGACGCUACGGACUGGCGAUCGUUGCUGCGGCGGCGAAGCAGCAUGAUGAUGUUGUGAAAAUGUUUGUUGACCGACGUGCGGUGACGAAGGAGCAGGCUAAGAAGGCGAAAGACCGGGUGGAGGAGAUGAUUGAGUCGGGAGAUGAGAGAUCUGACGAGUUUCAUGAGAUACUGGAAAUGUUGAGUAGCGUGCUCUAG